CACAAACCAUGUCGCUGUCGAUAUCCCGACAAGCAGCCGCAAGGCUCCAAACUACAUCACGAAAUACCUCGCUCAAGGCGUCAAGACUCUCGAGGGGCUAUGCAACCGCAGAAUCGACCACAGCGAAGCCUAACGCGCCUCCUCCCAAGGCGCCCGCGAAGCACGACCUCACCUGGCCGGAAUAUCUCGCUAUUAGGAGGGGAAGGAGACGUUGGGAAACGGCUGCGACCAUCCCAGCAGGUCUGCUCGGAUUCGGUUCUGGACUCGCAUAUUUUGGUUCUUUAGAGACUGACCCUCUGAAACCUAUCUUCGGAAUCGACCCCUUCAUGGCAUACGGAAUCCUCACCGUCGCGUGCCUCGGUGCCGGCGUCCUAGUAGGCCCUUCAAUCGGCGGUGCACUCUGGCGCUUCAGCCACCGUCACCAAGUCCACCUAAUCGACGCAAAAGAACGAGAAUUCCUCCGCCGCAUCGCAAAGAACCGCGUAGACGCAUCCUUGCAGAGCCCCACAGCUCCCGUACCAGACUACUACGGCGAAAGAGUUGGAUCUCUGCACCAAUACCGACAGUGGCUACGAGACCAGAACAAGUACAGGAGGAAGGUGUUACUCCCCGAAACACAGGAUUAGAAACGUAUUUAUCACCUCUCCUCUUCGCGACUUACAUCAAUGCAGACUAGAUUUUCCACCACCUCUCCGUUCGUUAUCUUUGGAUGGUAUACUACCUACCCUCCACUCCCUUGAAAUGGACUUGUCAAAGGUGCCCAUGCCUCAGUUCGCAUGAUUGCCAAUGGGAUUAGAAAGCUCUCAGACACCUGUGGAAACGGAAUGAAUUGCGUUGAAGCUCUAAUCAUAACAACAUGAACUAUUC